CCCUGGAUAGCAAGGAACUGCAGAUACAGACUUAUAAUAAGCUCUACAUAGAUUUUCAACAGCGAGAAGGGUCAGUGCCCCUAACCACUGGGUUGUUCAGGGGUCAUCUGUACAUCUAAAGUGCCUCCCAGUCAAAGGGCCUGAAAUUUUCUUCCAUCUCAGUGUGAAGGAGUGGGGCUGCUCCCUUAGUAGGGAAGACGAGACCCUUGCUUAUUACUGGUCAACUAGACGCUCCAGGCGAUUCUCAAAUUAUUCUCAAAUGAAUGUGCUUUCUUCUUACUUGAAGAAAGUACUUGUAAUAACAGUUAACCUUCCUUUGACAGUCAUUAAACCCCGUGGUUCUAGGCACUUUCGGUGGGUGUCCUGCUUAACCCUCAUGACAACUGUGUUAGGUGGGCCUACUUAUCAUCCCCAUUUUAGAGGUGAGGAAACUGAGGCCCAGAGAGGGGAAGUAACUUGGCCAAGGUCAGGUAGACCUAGACAAGAUCCUGGUAAAACCAAAGAGGGUGCCUAUUGAAGGUGUGGUGGGCAUGGGGACAGAGACAAUGUGAUGGGGAGGGGAGGUGGUUUCAUAAUUGGUGAAUUCCAGGUUAGGAAGUUCUUAGGCAACUGCUGGAAAGUUCUUUUGCUUUGCCAAGUGCACAGGAUGUGAACUCAAAGAUAGGCAGCACACGCAAGGCCACCGAAAUAAGAAAUGGCAAGGCUGGGAGACAGCAUUCCAUUUUAAUGUUUUGCCUAUUUGAAAGAAAAGCUAAAAUAAGUGUCUUUAUAACUUGACUCCCUCACCAACAUUGGAGGUCAUGUCCUCACCUAGAAGAGGACCCCCCCACUCUCCUUUAGGACACAGCCUAACAAUGCUGGAACAAUGCUGUCCCCAGCAUCUGUCUGCAGUGGGGCCUCCUUGCUCUGUCUGUCCCCUGGGUGGGAACCACGGGCAUGUGCCUGCCACCUCACCUCUGUUAAACUCUUCUUUCUCCCAGAUUUCCAUUGAAUGGGCAGCAGUGUCUGUGUUCUGCAGAGAGACCAUAAGCUCUUUCACAAUCAGGACCAUGCUUCACACGCACACACAUAUAAACACACAUGAUUGUUGUGCUGAGACCCAACAAUGAAUAUGUAUUGAUUUUUCUUGAUUGCAUGAAGCAAGAUGGUAACUUUUUUUUUUAGCUUUGUAAACUGGCUCAAGGACUAUAAAAAUGAUCUGCCUUCUGGGGCUGAUAAACAUAGGAUUCGCUUAAAUCAGUGUUUCUCAGGGAUAAUCCAGCAUCAGAAACCUGAAGACUCCUGAUGUGGUCGGUUGUGUCUGGGCCCAGGAGAAGCUCCCUGUGCCCAGGGUGAUGGUUCUGCCUACUUGCGGUUUGAAAGCACCCCUUAAAGCUGUUUAGGGUCACACCCUAUAAACUCACAGCAUAAAUAAAUACUUGACCGUCGAGCUCUUUUUCACUUGAGGUAAUCAUGCCUACUAUAUGUAUGCAUGUGUGCUAAGUUGCUUUGGUCGUGUCCAACUCUUUGCAGCCCAAUGGACUGCAGCCCGCCAGGCUCCGCUGUCCAUGGGAUUCUCCAGGUUUCUAGCCAGCAGAAUGCUGGACACAGAGGCCGGCGGGGCGCAGCUGUCAGGAUGGCCGAGUGGGACGCCAGCCUGGACCACAUCAUCCCAUCCUCUGUUCUUCCUCCCUUCUGGGCGAAGUUCCUCGUGGGUUUUGCUUCCCUUGUGUGUUUUGCCCGGAGCUAUGAUGGAGACUUUGUCUUUGAUGACUCUGAAGCCAUUGUUAACAAUAAGGACCUCCGCGCGGAGACACCUCUGGGGGACCUGUGGCAUCAUGACUUCUGGGGCAGCCGGCUGAGCAGUAACACCAGCCACAAGUCCUACCGCCCCCUGACCGUGCUGACCUUCAGGAUGAACUACUAUCUGUCGGGAGGCUUCCACCCCGCGAGCUUCCACGCGGUCAACAUCGCCCUGCACGGCGGCGUGUGCGUGCUCCUGGUGGACGUCUUCUCCGUGCUCUUCGGGGGCCUGCAGUACACGAGCAAGGGCCGGCGGCUGCACCUGGCCCCCCGGUCGUCUCUGCUGGCCGCCCUGCUGUUUGCCGUGCAUCCGGUGCACACGGAGUGUGUUGCUGGUGUCGUUGGCCGUGCAGACCUCCUGAGUGCCCUUUUCUUCAUGCUGUCUUUCCUUGGCUACUGUAAAGCAUUCAGAGAAACAGCUAACAGGGAGAAGACCCACUCCACGUUCUGGGUGUUGCUGAGCAUCCUCCUGGGAGCAGUGGCCAUGCUAUGCAAAGAGCAAGGGAUCACCGUGCUGGGUCUCAAUGCCGUCUUCGACAUCUUGGUGAUAGGCAAAUUAAAUGUCCUGGAAAUUGUCCAGAAGUUCCUCCGUAAAGACAGAUCAUUAGAGAGCCCUGGUGUGCUCCGGACGGGGGGCCUCCUCUUCAGAAUGACCCUCCUGGCUUUUGGGGGAGCUGGGGUGCUGUACGUGCGCUGGAAGAUCAUGGGCACUGGCCCGCCCGCCUUCACCGAGGUGGACAACCCUGCCUCCUUCGCCGACAGCAUGCUAGUCAGGGCCAUAAACUAUAAUUACUACUAUUCAUUGAAUGCCUGGCUGCUGCUGUGCCCUUGGUGGCUGUGUUUUGAUUGGUCGAUGGGUUGCAUCCCCCUCAUUAAGUCCGUCGGGGACUGGAGGGUAAUUGCUCUAGCAGCACUCUGGUUCUGCCUAAUUGGCCUGAUAUGCCAAGCCCUGUGCUCUGAAGACAACCACAAGAGAAGGAUCCUCACGCUGGGCCUGGGAUUCCUCAUUAUCCCGUUUCUUCCUGCGAGUAACCUGUUCUUCCGAGUGGGCUUUGUGGUGGCUGAGAGGGUCUUGUACCUCCCCAGUGCCGGCUACUGCAUGCUGCUGACGUUUGGACUCGCAGUGCUCAGUAAACAUACCAAGAAAAAGAAACUGAUUGCCGCUCUCAUCCUGGGAAUUUUAUUCCUAAACACGCUGAGAUGCGUGGUUCGCAGCGGUGAGUGGCGGAGCGAAGACCAGCUUUUCCGAAGCGCCCUGUCUGUGUGCCCUCUCAAUGCCAAGGUUCACUACAACGUUGGCAAAAACCUGGCUGAUAAAGGCAAUCAGACUGCGGCCAUCAGAUACUACCGGGAAGCAGUGAGAUUAAAUCCCAAGUAUGUCCAUGCCAUGAAUAAUCUGGGAAACAUCCUGAAAGAAAGGAACGAGCUUCAGGAAGCGGAGGAGCUGCUUUCUUUGGCUGUACAGAUACAGCCAGACUUUGCUGCCGCAUGGAUGAAUUUAGGCAUCGUACAAAACAGCCUGAAGCGGUUCCAAGCUGCUGAGCAAAGUUACCGGACGGCGAUCAAGCACCGGAGGAAAUACCCAGAUUGUUACUACAACCUGGGGCGUUUGUAUGCAGAUCUGAAUCGUCACGUGGAUGCACUGAAUGCGUGGAGGAACGCUACCGUGCUGAAGCCAGAGCACAGCCUGGCCUGGAAUAACAUGAUCAUACUCCUCGAUAACACAGGUAAUUUAGCCCAAGCUGAAGCUGUUGGCAGAGAAGCACUGGAAUUAAUACCUAACGAUCACUCUCUGAUGUUCUCCUUGGCGAACGUGCUGGGGAAGUCCCAGAAAUACAAGGAAUCCGAAGCUUUGUUCCUCAGAGCAAUUAAAGCUCAUCCAAAUACGGCAAGUUACCAUGGCAAUUUGGCUGUGCUGUAUCAUCGUUGGGGCCAUCUAGACUUGGCCAAAAAACACUACGAGAUCUCUCUGCGGCUUGACCCAACAGCAUCAGGAACUAAGGAAAAUUAUGGUCUUCUAAGAAGAAAGCUGGAACAAAUGCAAAAGAAAAACGUCUGAUCCUUUCUCCUUCAUUUUCUGAGUGUGUGUGUGUGUGUGUGUGUGUGCGCGCGCGCAUGAGGUAGAUUGUCCAUAUCUCGUGCUUGCCUUUAACCAUUUAAAGUCCUACAUGUUGUUUGCUUUAUUGUUUUUUUUUCCUGUGAAAACAAAAACAUGCAAAAAGAUUAUAGCACCAGCAGUUUACUCUUGAAUGCUUGAUGUGGUUUUUGCAUUGAAAUUGUAUUUUUUCAGACAACUCAAACAUAACUUCUGAAAUUCCAAGGCUGAAGUCUUUUUUAAUUAAAAAGAAAAAGAGAAAAAAAUUAUCUUGAGCGACUUACAGCAGAAUUAAGCCUGCAUUUGGAAUGAGUCUUCUUGCAUAGAUACUCAUACUAUUAAACGUUGCCUGUGAACAGAAAGUGACAUACUAACUCCUAUACUUUAUGUAAAUAUCCUGUGUGUCUGUAUAUUGGAAUUUUUAUUUAAUGACAAGUAAAUUAAGAUUUUUGGCUUUUUCAUUUUUUUCCAAACAAUAUGCUGUGUACUUCAUUUGUAAGGAAAUAUUUAUUUGUAUUUUUAUGUUUUGAACAGGGCAAAUAAUUGAAUGAAGAGUGGAAAUUUUAACAUCUAUAUAUUUACACUUUUUCCAUAGGAAGAAAUUCAUUCCUACAUUUUUUGGAUUCUUCAACUUGAGCUAUUGGUAGCAUGCAAAAUUGUGUAGUAUUCUACAUAAACUGUCACUCUUAAUAGAAAAUUCAAGCUAUGCUUUAGACAAAAACAGGCAGCCUGAUGUCUUUAUUUUUGUUAUAUCCAGUAUUAAGAGGGUUACACAUCUAUGUAAGUUACGUUUUUAUAUGUUUAGCUGGAAAGCAGUUUUCCAUUUAGCUUCAUAGAACCACAGUCAUAUCCAAAAAAUGCAAGAGGUAAACUUCCUCUCAAAAGGAACCACAUUUGAGAAGUUUGUGAUAUUUUUAAGAAUUGGAUUAUUUAUCCUGUUUUAUUGGGUCAGAAUAAUCAUAUUCAUUUUGUUUUAUUCUUCUAUAUUUGCUGUUGACCUCAUGAUUUAUGCAAUCUAUGUAAUUUCUUAUGCAGUGAAAUUAUUACACAAACCAGUA